AUGGCGCCCUCAUCUUCCUUGAUAGCAAAGCUCAAAGUGCAACUCAAGCUCUCAAUCGCGCGCCUGCGCAUGGUCCAGCAAAAAGAUGAAGCCGUAUCCAAACAACAGCGUCGAGCCAUGGCGCAGCUUCUCGAGAUCGGGAAAGUCGAGAGUGCGAAAAUCCGCGUCGAGAAUAUAAUACGGUCAGACAUUACCACCGAGCUUCACGAGAUCCUCGAGUUGUACUGCGAGCUCCUACUUGCGCGCACCGGCCUCAUGGAAUCGCCCACAUGCGACCCGGGAUUGGAAGAGGCGGUAAAGAGCUUGAUAUACGCGGCGCCGAGAACGGAUAUAAAGGAGCUGCAGAGUGUGAGAGCGUUACUGGUGGAUAAAUAUGGCAAGGAGUUUGCGCUCCAGGCGAUGGAGCCAGAUGCGCAUGUGUCUGAGAAGGUUCUGAAGAAAUUGGCGGUUACGCCACCGAGUCAGGAGUUGGUCAAUGGAUAUUUGGAAGAGAUCGCAAGGACGUAUGGGGUUGACUGGCCCAAAAGACCACAGGGGGAUCCUCCGCAAUACAUCGAUGAUGAUGAGGAUGAGAAUCCAAGUGGAGGGCAGGCGCAGAAGAAUCUCGAGGAGCCGAUAUUGGCAGGGGGGCCAGAGACGGGCAAAAGGGAGGAUGAGCGGGAGGAGCUGAGUCGGGCAACACCUCCGAGGAGUUUUGGGCCGAGUAGUCCACUCAGGGUCAACCCGCCGAGUCCAAGCACAGACAAUCUACACCCGAGGGUCAAAGUCGGAGCAUUGGAUUUGAAGCCAAGCAAGAAGAUGCAAGAUGUUAGCAGUGGGAAGGGUACGCAGAGUAAGGGCCCAGUUGGAGGCACAAUACCAGAUGUUGACGAGUUGGCGAAGAGGUUUGCGGCAUUGAAGAAAUAG